CCCCCCCCCCCCCCCCCAAUCUCCGGCGACGGGACCGUCAUGAGCGGCGGCGGCAGCCCGAGCGGGCCGGACUCCCGCGUGGAGACCAUCUCCCGCCUCGCCCAGUGGCGCAUCGACACCUUCGGCCCCUGCUCCUACCGCCGCUCCGACCCUUUCAAGCUAGGCAUCUGGAACUGGUACCUGUCCGUGGAGAAGAGCAGGUCGGUGUACGUGCGGCUCUUCCCGGAGCCCGGCCGGCUGGCCAAGGAGCAGCCGCCGCUCGCCCGCUUCGUGCUCCGCGUCUCCUGGGUUGGCCCACCGCGCCGCUCCAGCGUCUCCCCAGUUUUCGAGCAGCUUCUCCGAAGCAGCGAUGACUUUGUGUGGCAAGUUGAUGUGAUGUCUCAUGGGCGUUUUACGAUUGACGUUGAGUUCUUGGACCUGAAGAUAGCCACGAACAAUGGCACUGAAUCAUCAUCGUCGAUCUGGCCGAACGAAGGCAUGGUGCAGAGCGUGGCCAGCAAGAGCACGCUGGGCUGCCUCUCGCGCAUGCUCACGGAGUCCAUCCACGCAGACGUGACCAUCAACACGACGGACGGUGUGCUGAAGGCGCACAAGUCGGUGCUGGCAGCAUGCUCCCCCGUGUUCGAGAGCAUGUUCGUCCACGACCUCAAGGAGAAGUCGUCGUCGACGAUCGACAUCGGGGACAUGUGCGUGGAGUCGUGCUCGGCCCUGCUGGGGUUCGUGUACGGGACGAUCCGGCAGGAGCAGUUCUGGAAGCACCGUCUGGCGCUGCUGGCGGCGGCCAACAAGUACGGGCUGGGCGAGGUGAAGGCGUGCUGCGAGGAGAGCCUGCUGGAGGACAUCAGCUCGGGCAACGUGCUGGAGCGGCUCCACGUCGCGUGGCUGUACCAGCUGGAGCGGCUCAAGAAGGGGUGCCUGGCGUACCUGUUCGUGUUCGGCAAGAUCUACGACGUCCGGGACGAGAUCGGCGGCUUCUUCCACCACGCCGACCGCGAGCUGACGCUGGAGAUGUUCCAGGAGGUGCUCAGCGUGUGGAAGCCCAUCUGAAUCUCCUGUAUGUUUGGUGGCUGGCUGUGCUGCCGUGACUGAAGCUGUCUUGUGUAGCCGGCCCUGUAUGUAAUGUACACCAAUGUAAUUAUGCGAAUGUGAAUCGCUGCUGGUGCGGGCUGUGUGUGUGAAUAGUGUGCAAACGAGUUUGUGAGGAAGUGGUGUAAUUAACAGUACCUGUGCUUCUUUUUUUUUGAGAAAUUUACCCGUGCUUCGUUGUCCA